AUGCAGUCAGUCAGUGCAGUCAGGCAGUAAGUAAUUAAGUCAGUCAAUCAGUCAGUCAGUCAGUCAGUUAGUCAGUCAGUCAGUCAGUCAGUCAGUCAGUCAGUCAGUCAGUUAGUGCAGUAAGUCAGUAAUUCAGUCAGUUAGUGCAGUAAGUCAGUGCAGUCAGUAAGUCAGUGCAGUCAGUCAGUCAGUGCAGUCAGUCAGUCAGUGCAGUCAGUCUUUCAGUGCAGUCAGUCAGUCAAUGCAGUCAGUCAGUCAGUCAGUUAGUCAGUCAGACCCCCUCCCUGCUAAUCAUUCACCACCAGUACUGAUCAAAGAGACUAGAAUGGAAUAAAGUAAACCAGAGAAUCAGCUGUCUGUUUCAAUAACAACGCAGGGAAUCAGCUAACACCCCUCGAAUCGCAACGUACAGAAUGUUUAUCCCUCCAAUAGCAACACACAGAACCAGCUCCACUCCAAUAGCACCGCAUGGCGACACACACAGAUAGAAACUUCUCACUGGGAAGCUUUAUUAACCAGGCCAAUUAAAUGACUGGGACACAGCCAGCCAGCCAGUCAGCUAAAACCUCAGAGGAUUUAACUCCUACACAUCAUUUAACAUGAAUGCCCCUCUGUCUGGAGAGCUAGGAGUUAUGUAAUGAAUAACCUACAGUACAGACAGUGGGUGCAAUCCCAAAUGGCACCUCAUUCCCUACGGGCCUUGGUCAAACAUAGUGCACUAUAAAGGGAAUAGGGUGCCAUUUGGGACGGAGCCAGUGUUAAUGUGAUGCCACUCCUGAGGGAUCGUGGGUCUAACAAUGGCUGCUUAGUGACUCCUAUCAAUCAAAGGGUUGGACUCUGUCUUGCUGUCCUCAGGCCAUAUGACCCGAAGUGUGAAUGACCACUGGCACUGCUCAGGUUAUAUCCAUUAGCUACCCACCUCAUCGCCAAAAUAGUCCUUUUGACUGGCAGAGAAGUCUGGUUCAUUUACCCAAGCACUUUUAGCUUGCAGUCAUUCAUAGGUACCAAUGGAGAGAGGGAAAAGAAAGAAAGAUUGGGGACGAUGAGACGAGGGAGAGGAGAGACGAGGACGACACCGACGAGAGGAGAGAUACGAGGAGAGGAGAGAGAUUGAGAGGAGAGAGAGAGAGGAGUCAGACAAGACACAGAGAGAAGGUGGACCGAGACAGAGCAUGCGAGGGCAAGGAGAGGGCAAGCCAGAUGAGAGUAGGAGAGGACAGACAACUGUUAAGUGACAUUAGCAGUUAACUCCUGGAUGUAUAGUUUUAUAUAUUUUAUUUCAACAGGGAGUCAUGCUGAGACCAAGGUCUCUUUCACAGAUGAUCCCUGUAUACACAUCAAUACACAUCAAAGCACCUCAAUAUACGUACACUAUACACAUCACUAUUCACAUACAUAUUCACAUCAAUACAUGAAAAGCAAAACACAAUCAUAGAAAACAAACAUAUUUUUCAGUAAAAAGGUAAUCAAUCAACCUUUUGAAUUGCCCUAGAGGCACCAAUUCAUUCCAUUUUAGAGAGCCUUGGUGAUUAUUCCACAAGUAAGGUGUAAAAAAAUGAAAAGCAGAUCUACCUAACUCAGUGGAGCUCGAAGGUAUUCCCAGAGUUAGCCAUCCCAGAGACCGGGUCUGGUAUCUCGUACGUCUGUAGGUUAACAAUUAAGUAAGGUACGGUGGAUGUUUAUGCAGGAGGCUUUAGAAACAAAAAGGGUGCAAUGCAUCGAUCUACCAGACUUCAGUUACUUCAGUUACUUACUUCAGUUACUUACUUCAGUUAGUAGUAGGUACUUACUCCAGUUACUUACUUCAGUUACUUACUUCAGUUAUUUACUUCAGUUAGUAGUAGGUACUUACUCCAGUUACUUACUUCAGUUACUUACUUCAGUUAUUUACUUCAGUUAGUAGUAGGUACUUACUCCAGUUACUUACUUCAGUUUACUUACUUCAGUUAUUUACUUCAGUUAGUAGUAGGUACUUACUCCAGUUACUUACUUCAGUUACUUACUUCAGUUAUUUACUUCAGUUAGUAGUAGGUACUUACUCCAGUUACUUACUUCAGUUACUUACUUCAGUUACUUACUUCAGUUAGUAGUAGGUACUUACUCCAGUUACUUACUUCAGUUACUUACUUCAGUUAGUAGUAGGUACUUACUCCAGUUACUUACUCCAGUUACUUACUUCAGUAACUUCAGUUACUAGUAGAUACUUAGCCACUACAUUCUGUACAUUGACGACAAAGCCCUACCUAUGUGUCCUUCACAGUAGUUACUAUUGACAAUGACUAAUAGCUGUACCGGGUGUGUGUGUUAAUGUGUUUGUGUUUGUGUGUGUGUAUGUUUAUGUGUGUGUGUGUGUGUGUCCAUCCAUUAGGUACCUGAUCCCGUCUCUGGACCGCUCCCAUGCUGGUUUCUACAGAUGCAUCGUUAGAAACAGAGUAGGAGCCAUCAUGCAGAGCAGCACUGAAGUACAGGUCGCCUGUAAGUAGCAGUCCACUGUAUGUGUGUGUGUGUUCUGAGACGAGCGGGAACGGAGAGGGAGAGGGAGAGGGAGAGGGAGAGGGAGAGGGAGAGGGAGAGGGAGAGGGAGAGGGAGAGGGAGAGGGAGAGGAGGAGAGAGAGAGAGAGAGAGAGGAGCAGAGAGAGGGAGAGAGAGAGAGAGAGAGAGAGAGGAGAGAGAGAGCGAGAGAGAAAAAAAAGAGAGAGAGGAGAGAGAGAAAAGAGAGAGAGAGAGAGAGAGACCUCUCUCUCUCUCUCUCUAGCUCGAGAGAGAGAGAGAGAGAGAGAGAUCUAUGCUCUCUCUCUCUCUCGCGCAGAUCGCUUCUCUAUCAGCCAUCUCUGCUCGUCUCUCUCAUCUCUCUCUCUCACUCUAUCUCCUCUAUCUCUCUAUCUCUCUUAUCGAUCUCUCUCUAUCUCCCCUCUCUCUCCUCAUUCAAUUUCAAUUUAAGGGCUUUAUUGGCAUGGGAAACGUUUUUUGUGUUAGUUAACAUUUGCCAAUGCAAUGAAGUAGAUAGUAAACAAAAGUGAAAUAAACAAUAAAUAUUAACAGUAAACAUUACACUCAGAAGUUUCAAAAGAAUAAAGACAUUUCAAAUGUCAUAUUAUGUAUAUAUACAGUGUUGUAACAAUGUGCAAAUAGUUAAAGUACAAAUGGGAAAAUAAAUAAACAUAAAUAUGGGUUGUAUUUACAAUGGUGUUUGUUCUUCACUGGUUGCCCUUUUCUUGUGGCAACAGGUCACAAAUCUUGCAGCUGUGAUGGCACACUGUGGGUUUUCACCCUCUCUCUCUCUUUCUUUCAAUUCAAUUUAAUUUCAAUUCAAUUCCAAUUCAAUUCAAUUCAAUUUAAGGGCUUUAUUGGCAUGGGAAAAGUAUGUUAACAUUGCCAAAGCAAGUGACAUAGAUAAUAAACAAAAGUGAAAUAAACAAUAUAAAACAGUAAACAUUACACUCACAAAAGAAUAGAGACAUUCCAAAUGUCAUAUUAUGUCUAUAUACAGUGUUAUAAUGAUGUGCAUUAUACUUAAAGUACAAAAAAAUAGAAAAUAAAAAUAUCAAUAUAGGUUGUAUUUAAAAUGGUGUUUGUUUUUACAUUUACGUCAUUUAGCAGACGCUCUUAUCCAGAGCGACUUACAAAUGGGUGCAUUCACCUUAUAGCCAGUGGGAUAACCACUUUACAAUAUGUUAUUUUUUUUUGGGGGGGGAGGGGGGACGGUAGAAGGAUUACUUUAUCCUAUCCCAGGUAUUCCUUAAAGAGGUGGGGUUUCAAGUGUCUCCGGAAGGUGGUGAGUGAGGGAGCUUGUUCCACCAUUGGGGUGCCAGAGCAGCGAACAGUUUUGACUGGGCUGAGCGGGAACUGUGCUUCCGCAGAGGUAGGGGGGCCAGCAGGCCAGAGGUGGAUGAACGCAAUGCCCUCGUUUGGGUGUAGGGACUGAUCAGAGCCUGAAGGUACGGAGGUGCCGUUCCCCUCACAGCUCCGUAGGCAAGCACCAUGGUCUUGUAGCAGACGCGAGCUUCAACUGGAAGCCAGUGGAGUGUGCGGAGGAGCGGGGUGACGUGAGAGAACUUAGGAAGGUUGAACACCAGACGGGCUGCGGCAUUCUGGAUGACUUGUAGGGGUUUAAUGGCACAGGCAGGGAACCCAGCCAACAGCGAGUUGCAGUAAUCCAGACGGGAGAUGACAAGUGCCUGGAUUAGGACCUGUACCGCUUCCUGUUUAAGGCAGGGUCGUACUCUCCGAAUGUUGUAGAGCAUGAACCUACAGGAUCGGGUCACCGCCUUGAUGUUAGCGGAGAACGAUAGGGUGUUGUCCAGGGUCACGCCAAGGCUCUUUGCACUCUGGGAGGAGGACACAACGGAGUUGUCAACAGUGAUGGCGAGAUCAUGGAACAGGCAGUCCUUCCCCGGGAGGAAGAGCAGCUCCGUCUUGCCGAGGUUCAGCUUGAGGUGGUGAUCCGUCAUCCACACUGAUAUGUCUGCCAGACAUGCAGAAAUGCGAUUCGCCACCUGGUUAUCAGAAGGGGGAAAGGAGAAGAUUAGUUGUGUGUCGUUUGUUCUUCACUGGUUGCCCUUUUCUUGUGGCAACAGGUCACAAAUCAUUUGGCAGGAAGUUAGGAAGUGCAGCUCAGUUUCCACCUCAUUCUGUGGGCCAGGUCUGCCUACAGCAGCCUUUCUCAAUAGCAAGGCUAUGCUCACUGAGUCUGUACAUAGUCAAAGAUUUCCUUAAUUUUGAGUCAGUCACAGUGGUCAGGUAUUCUGCCACUGUGUACUCUGUUCCAGCCAAAUAGCAUUCUAGUUUGCUCUGUUUUGUUUGUAAAUUCUUUCCAAUAUGUCAAGUAAUUCUCUUUUUGUUUUCUCAUGAUUUGGUUGGGUCUAAUUGUGUUGCUGUCCUGGGGCUCUGUGGGGUCUGUUUGUGUUUGUGAACAGAGCCCCAGGACCAGCUUGCUUAAGGGACUCUUCUCAGUGUUCAUCUCUCUGUAGGGAAUGGCUUUGUUAUGGAAGGUUUGGGAAUUGCUUCCUUUUAGGUGGUUGUAGAAUUUAACAGCUCUUUUCUGGAUUUUGAUCAUUAGUGGGUAUCGGCCUAAUUCUGCUCUGCAUGCAUUAUUUGGUGUUUUACGUUGUACACGGAGGAUAUUUUUUGUAGAAUUCUGUAUGCAGAGUUUCAAUUUGGUGUUUGUCCCAUUUUGUGAAUUCUUGGUUGGUGAUCAAUGGGUUCUAUAACUGAUUCAAGUAUUUUUAGCCAGAUCCUAAUUGGUAUGUCGAAUUUUAUGUUCCUUUUGAUGGCAUAGAAGGCCCUUUGUGGAAAUUACCUGUGGCGCUGAUGUUUAAGCCGAGGUAUGUAUCGUUUCUUGUGUGCUCUAGGGCAACGGUGUCUAGAUGGAAUUUGUAUUUAGGUCCUGGCAACUGGACCUUUUUUGGAACACCAUUAUUUUUGUCUUACUGAGAUUAACUGUCAGGGCCCAGGUCUGACAGAAUCUGUGCAGAAGAUCUAGGUGCUGCUGUAGGCCCUCCUUGGUUGGGGACAGAAGCACCAGAUCAUCAGCAAACAGUAGACGUUUGACUUCAGAUUCUAGUACCACUAUCCAAUUCCUUUUCCAGAUCCAAUUUAGUGUCUUCUGAAGUAGAGGGAAAAUCAAGACCUGACUAGUUCAGUUCUCAGGAGAUUCAGAGUUGUAAAGUGUGUUGUAGUAGGAAGCAAAUGUUUGGUUCAUUUCUACAGGAUCCAUUGAUAAUUGUCCUUGUAAAUUAUGAAUUGCAUUAAAGGCUGAAUUUUACUUCUUAAUGUGCCAGGCCAGCAAUUUACCAGGUUUUUCACCUUGAUCAUAGGACUGUUUCAGCCUAGUUAAGCUGUUUGCAGCCUUUGAGGUGGGAAGUUCUUCAUACUGAACUUUAAGACCAAAUCAUUCCUUGUUUACUUCGACUGAGUUAUCCAAAAAAGCUUCUCUCCAAUUCUCUGAUUUUGCUGUCCAUCGCUCUCAUUUUCGGAUUUAUUUUAUUUGAAACUGGUAAAACGUAUAAUUUGCCCCCAAAUAUGUGCUUUGAAAGCCUCUCAUCUGGUACUCGCUGAAGUUUGGUCAGUGUUCAAUGUCAAAUAAACAUCUAUAUGCACUCCAACGUAAUGUAAGAAGUCUGGGUCCUUUAACCAUCUGGGAUGCAAACGCCUUCUAGAGGAUCCUUUUACUAGUUUUGUAUCCCUAUAGAAUAAUGACACAGGGGAAUGGUCAUUCAAAACAAUAGUAUCAUAUCCACUUCCUGCUACAUUGGGAAGCAAUAAGCAAGAAACUAAAAAGUAGUCUACAUGAGAAUAUGAUUUAAAUGUUGACGAGUAACAUGAAUUCUCCCUUUUACUCGGGUUCUGAGUCCUCCAAGGUUCACAUAGAUUUAAGUCCUGAAUUAAAUGCUGUAAUUUCUUUCUACUCUGCGAGUGGGAAGUGUCUAAACCAGAGGAGCGAUCUAGAUGAGGAUCAAGAGUGCAAUUAAAGUCCCCUGCCAUUAGGACUUUACCAGGAAUGGAGGCUAUCAAUAGAAAUACAUUCUCAAAUAAUUUGGGAUUAUCAUCAUUAGGACCAUAAACAUUAACCAGAUUAAUAUGCUCAUUCAAAAGAGUUCCCUGUAUCAAAAUGUAUCUACCAGCUGUAUCAGUUAUAAUAGUAUCCACUUGAAACUGAACAGAUUAGUGAAUUAAAACCAUAACACCAUGAGAAUGAGAGGAGAAACAGGAUGCUACUACUUGCCCUUGUCAUCUCCUGCAUACUUUAAGUAGCUCAUCCUUCAACAAGUGAGUUUCUUGUAGGAACACAAUAGAUGAAUGAAGUUGUUUAAGCCCAAACUCCUGAGUGGCGCAGUGGUCUAAGGCACUGCAUCGCAGUGCAAACUGUGCCACUAGAGAUCCUGGUUCGAAUCCAGGCUCUGUCGCAGCCGGCCGCGACCGGGAGACCCAUGGGGCGGCGCACAAUUGGCCCAGCGUCGUCCAGGGUAGGGGAGGGAAUGGCCGGCAGGGAUGUAGCUCAGUUGAUAGAGCAUGGCGUUUGCAACGCCAGGGUUGUGGGUUCGUUUCCCACGGGGGGCCAGUAUAAAAAAAAAAAAAAUGUGUUCACUAACUGUAAGUCGCUCUGGAUAAGAGCGUCUGCUAAAUGACUAAAAUGUAAAUGUAAAUGUAGUAGAGUGAGGCCGGGUGCUGCAGACUGUUCUAGUGCCCUCGCCAAUUCGUUGAUAUAUAUCUCUCACUCUCUCUCGCUUUCUCUCUCUCUAUUUAUUUCUCACGUUCUUUCCUGAUGACUUUCUAUCCCUCUCUCCCGCUUUCCUUCUCUCUUCCCUACCUCUUCCCCUCUCUCCUCCCCCUCUCUCUACCUCCCCCUUAUCCCACCCCCCUCUCCCUCCCUCCCCCCUCUCCCUCCUCCCCCAGAUAUGGGUGAUUUUGUGGAGGGGGAGCGUUCCCAGACUGUGUCCCAGGGAGAGGCUGCUCUAAUCCAGGCUCCACGCAUCCACAGCUUCCCACGACCACAGAUUACCUGGUUCAGGGACGGACGCAAGAUACCCGCCAGCAGUCGCAUGUAAAUUCAGCUUUAUCUAUAUGUACCUAAUGUUAUUUUGUGUGAGAGGGCUGGGAGGUAUGGGGUGGGGAGGCAGGUCAUUUGUGUGUGUGUGUGUGGGGGGGGGGGGGUGUACUUGUGUGUGUGUGUGUGUGUGUGUACGUACUGUACUAGACUAAGGUUGAAAUACCAGUUUAAACCCCCUCUUUCCCUCUUUGUAUUUGAACCGUGGUAUGACGUAGAUCUACCUGUUUGUCUGAACACUGAACUGCAGAAGCAAUAUCCUUCACUUUUCACUGGAGAGCUGCUGUGGGUAGCUUUAGGAUAGGUUCAAUAACUACGAUGGUUUAUCAAUCCUCCCCGUCUGGUGUUUGAGCAGAAUUACUGAUGAACCUACGUACAGCUGUCUGAUACUCAGUGCUCACACUGAUCAAGGCUGUUCUUAUUCAGGCUGUUCUUAUUCAGGCUGUGAGUGUUGACUCUGCAGCAGGCAUGCAGGGAUGAUUGAAGGAUAGAGAGAUGCAGGCAGAGCAGCAGGAAGCAGGGUGUGUGUGUGUGUGUGUGUGUGUGUGUGUGUGUGUGUGUGUGUGUGUGUGUGGGUGUGGGUGUGUUGGGAGGCAGGGAUGAUUGAAAGGUAGAGAGAGCAGCAGGCAGCAGGGGAGACAAUUAGACCUGAUGGACAAAAGCCCUCUAUUUAUGACCUGCUUUGAUUGACAGUAUGCCACUGUGUGUGUAUAACCGUGUCUGUGUGUGUGUCUGUGUGUCUGUGUGUGUCUGUGUGUGUGUGUGUGUGUGUAUGUGUGUGUGUGUGUGUGUUCGUGUGUGUGUGUUCGUGUGCGUGUGUGUGUUCGUGUGCAUGUGUGUGUUCGUUUGUUUUGUAUGCAUCGUCACAUCAGUGUGUGUUUGUGUGUUUGUGCGCUUAGGCCCAUCGCAGAAAGGUCUUCAGAUGAAUUUAUCCCACCAGACAGAGAGAGAGACAGACAGACAGACAGACAGACAGACAGACAGACAGACAGACAGACAGACAGACAGACAGACAGACAGACAGACAGACAGACAGACAGAGAGAGAGAGAGAGAGAGAGAGAGAGGAGAGAGAGAGAGAGAGAGAGAGAGACAGACAGAAAGACAGAGACAGACAGAGACAGACAGACAGACAGACAGACAGGCAGGCAGGCAGGCAGGCAGGCAGGCAGGCAGACAGGCAGGCAGGCAGGCAGGCAGGACCACAGACAGACAGACCGACAGCAGCUGCUUUCUUUUAUACUUUCGUUUUAUUGGGAUUAAUUGACUGCAUCAGACAGACAGGAGAGACUUCUCAGAAUCCACCUCUUGUUUAAUCAUCUAUAAUUGAUCUCCUUGUUCCAGCAGCAUGUCAUAACUGACGUGAAGACUUUAGACAUUUACACAGAAUUAUAUUCCCCCUACGCAUCCUCAACCAGAGGGAGAAGUGGGUUCACUACCUAGUCUACCCAGCAUAUGGAGAAACUCCCAAAUGAGACUAGGAGUGUGUUCCAAUGGGCUCUGGUCAGAAGUAGGGGAUAGGGUGCCAUUUGGGACGUAUACAGGGCAUGGAGUGAAACAUGUUCAGUAGAAGAUGUCUAAAUAGAUAGUGGAAUGGACAGUGGAGUGGUGAAGUACAGGAUAUUCAGUGUUAAAUCUCCAAGCACCUUUGAUCAAAUGUGUUCGGCUGUUCUCACCGUUCUAUUAUGUGUUUGGCUGUUCUCGUCAUUCUGUUAUGUGUCCGGCUGUUCUCACCGUUCUAUUAUGUGUCCGGCUGUUCUCGCCAUUCUGUUAUGUGUCCGGCUGUUCUCACCGUUCUAUUAUGUAUCCAGCUGUUCUCACCGUUCUAUUAUGUGUUUGGCUGUUCUCACCAUUGUAUUAUGUGUUCAGCUGUUCUCACCGUUCUAUUAUGUGUCCAGCUGUUCUCACCGUUCUAUUAUGUGUUCGGCUGUUCUCACCAGUCUCUAUGGGGGUGACGCUCGGAUCCACCUCUAUGCGGACGACACCAUUUUGUAUACAUCUGGCCCUUCAUUGGACACUGUGUUUACAAACCUUCAAACGAGCUUCAACGCCAUACAACACUCCUUCCGUAGCCUCCAACUGCUCUUAAACACUAGUAUAACUAAAUGCAUGCUCUUCAACCGAACGCUGCUUGGGUCUGACCUAGAGUAUGUGGACAACUACAAAUACCUAGGUGUCUGGUUAGACUGUAAACUCUCCUUCCAGACUCACAUUAAGCAUCUCCAAUCAAAAGUUAGAUCUAGAAUCGGCAUCCUAUUUCGCAACAAAGCCUCCUUCACUCAUGCUGCCAAACAUGCCCUCGUAAAACUGACUAUCCUACCGAUCCUUGACUUCGGCGAUGUCAUUUACAAAAUAGCCUCCAACACUCUACUCAGCAAAUUGGAUGUAGUCUAUCACAGUGCCAUACGUUUUGUCACCAAAGCCCCAUAUACUACCCACCAUUGUGACCUGUACGCUCUUGUUGGCUAGCCCUCACUACAUAUUCGUCGCCAAACCCACUGGCUCCAGGUCAUCUAUAAAUCACUGCUAGGCAAAUCCCCGUCUUAUCUUAGCUCACUGGUCACCAUAGCAACACCCACCCAUAGUCUGCGCUCCAGCAGGUAUAUCUCACUGGUCAUCCCCAAAGCCAACACCUCCUUUGGCCACCAUUCCUUCCAGUUCUCUGCUGCCAAUGACUGGAACGAACUGCAAAAUUCUCUGAAGCUGGAGACUCUUCUCCCUCAGUAACUUUAGGCGCCAGUUGUCAGAGCAGCUUACCGAUCACUGCACCUGUACACAGCCAUUCUGAAAUUAGCCCACCCCACUACGUCAUCCCCAUAUUGUUAUUUAUUUAGCUAAUUUGCACCCCAGUAUCUCUAUUUGCACAUCAUCUUUUGCACAUCUAUCAUUCCAGUGUUAAUACGAAAUUGUAACUAUUUUGCACUAUGGCCUAUUUAUUGCCUUACCUCCAUAAUUUACUACAUUCGCACAGCACACACUGUAUAUAUAUUUUCUGUUGUAUUUUUGACUUUAUGUUUUGUUUACCCCAUAUGUAACUGUGUUGUUGUUUUUAUCGCACUGCUUUGCUUUAUCUUGGCCAGGUGGCAGUUGUAAAUGAGAACUUGUUCUCAACUGGCUUACCUGGUUAAAUAAAGGUGAAAUAAAAUAAAAUAAAAUAUAAAAUUUAUAUUAUGUGUUCGGCUGUUUAUCUCCUUAGUCUAGACAGAUAAUUUCCAAUAACAGAUCUCCGAUGUGUUCAUUAGACAUGUCAGUCAAACUGGAAACUUAAAUAGUCAUGUUAGGUAAUAACACAACCUCCUGUAGUCAUGUUAGAGCCUGUUAGGUAAUAACACAGCCUCCUGUAGUCAUGUUAGAGCCUGUUAGGUAAUAACACAGCCUCCUGUAGUCAUGUUAGAGCCUGUUAGGUAAUAACACAGCCUCCUGUAGUCAUGUUAGAGCCUGUUAGGUAAUAACACAGCCUCCUGUAGUCAUGUUAGAGCCUGUUAGGUAAUAACAUACAGCCUCCUGUAGUCAUGUUAGAGCCUGUUAGGUAAUAACACACCUCCUGUAGUCAUGUUAGAGCCUGUUUAGGUAAUAACACAGCCUCCUGUAGUCAUGUUAGAGACCUGUUAGGUAAUAACAUACACCUCCUGUUAGUCAUGUUAGAGCCUGUUUAGGUAAUAACACAACCUCCUGUAGUCUGUUAGAGCCUGUUAGGUAAUAACACAGCCUCCUGUAGUCAUGUUAGAGCCUGUUAGGUAAAAACAACCUCCUGUAGUCAUGUUAGAGCCUGUUAGGUAAUAACACAAGCCUCCUGUAGUCAUGUUAGAGCCUGUUAGGUAAUAACACAGCCUCCUGUAGUCAUGUUAGAGCCGUUAGGUAAUAACACAGCCUCCUGUAGUCAUGUUAGAGCCUGUUAAGGUAAUAACACAGCCUCCUGUAGUCAUGUUAGAGCCUGUUAGGUAAUAACACCAGCCUCCUGUAGUCAUGUUAGAGCCUGUUAGGUAAUAACAUAGCCUCCUGUAGUCAUGUUAGAGCCUGUUAGGUAAUAACACAACCUCCUGUAGUCAUGUUAGAGCCUGUUAGGUAAUAACACAACCUCCUGUAGUCAUGUUAGAGAGCCUGUUAGGUAAUAACACACGCCUCCUGUAGUCAUGUUAGAGCCUGUUAGGUAAUAACACCAGCCUCCUGUAGUCAUGUUAGAGCCUGUUAGGGUAAUAACACAGCCUCCUGUAGUCAUGUUAGAGCCUGUUAGGUAAUAACACAGCCUCCUGUAGUCAUGUUAGAGUCUGUUAGGUAACACACAACCUCCUGUAGUCAUGUUAGAGCCUGUUAGGUAAUAACACAGCCUCCUGUAGUCAGGUUAGAGCCUGUUAGGUAAUAACACAACCUCCUGUAGUCAUGUAGAGCCUGUUAGGUAAUAACACAGCCUCCUGUAGUCAUGUAGAGCCUGUUAGGUAAUAACACAGCCUCCUGUAGUCAUGUUAGAGCCUGUUAGGUAAUAACACAGCCUCCUGUAGUCAUGUUAGAGCCUGUUAGGUAAUAACACAGCCUCCUGUAGUCAUGUUAGAGCCUGUUAGGUAAUAACACAGCCUCCUGUAGUCAUGUUAGAGCCUGUUAGGUAAUAACACAACCUCCUGUAGUCAUGUUAGAGCCUAUUAGGUAAUAACACAACCUCCUGUAGUCAUGUUAGAGCCUGUUAGGUAAUAACACAGCCUCCUGUAGUCAUGUUAGAGCCUGUCAGGUAAUAACACAGCCUCCUGUAGUCAUGUUAGAGCCUGUCAGGUAAUAAUACAGCCUCCUGUAGUCAUGUUAGAGCCUGUCAGGUAAUAACACAGCCUCCUGUAGUCAUGUUAGAGUCUGUUAGGUAAUAACACAGCCUCCUGUAGUCAUGUUAGAGCCUGUUAGGUAAUAACACAGCCUCCUGUAGUCAUGUUAGAGUCUGUUAGGUAACAACACAACCUCCUGUAGUCAUGUUAGAGUCUGUUAGGUAAUAACACAGCCUCCUGUAGUCAUGUUAGAGCCUGUUAGGUAACAACACAACCUCCUGUAGUCAUGUUAGAGUCUGUUAGGUAAUAACACAGCCUCCUGUAGUCAUGUUAGAGCCUGUUAGGUAACAACACAACCUCCUGUAGUCAUGUUAGAGUCUGUUAGGUAACAACACAACCUCCUGUAGUCAUGUUAGAGCCUGUUAGGUAAUAACACAGCCUCCUGUAGUCAUGUUAGAGCCUGUUAGGUAAUAACACAGCCUCCUGUAGUCAUGUUAGAGCCUGUUAGGUAAUAACACAACCUCCUGUAGUCAUGUUAGAGCCUGUUAGGUAAUAACAUAGCCUCCUGUAGUCAUGUUAGAGCCUGUUAGGUAAUAACACAACCUCCUGUAGUCAUGUUAGAGCCUGUUAGGUAAGAACACAACCUCCUGUAGUCAUGUUAGAGCCUGUUAGGUAAUAACACAACCUCCUGUAGUCAUGUUAGAGCCUGUUAGGUAAUAACACAGCCUCCUGUAGUCAUGUUAGAGCCUGUUAGGUAAUAACACAACCUCCUGUAGUCAUGUUAGAGCCUGUUAGGUAAUAACUUAACCUCCUGUAGUCAUGUUAGAGCCUGUUAGGUAAUAACACAGCCUCCUGUAGUCAUGUUAGAGCCUGUUAGGUAACAACACAACCUCCUGUAGUCAUGUUAGAGCCUGUCAGGUAACAACACAACCUCCUGUAGUCAUGUUAGAGCCUGUUAGGUUACAACACAACCUCCUGUAAUCAUGUUAGAGCCUGUUAGGUAACAACACAACCUCCUGUAGUCUUGUUAGAGCCUGUUAGGUAACAACACAACCUCCUGUAGUCUUGUUAGAGCCUGUUAGGUAACAACACAACCUCCUGUAGUCAUGUUAGAGUCUAUUAGGUAACAACACUACCUCCUGCAGCCAUCAGUGUAAGGUGUAAAUUAGUUAGUAAUGCUAGUUUAUGACAGUGAGGCCCUGACAGCCAGGACAGGGCUUGGGUUUGCCGCUCGAGGGUCCUCGGUCUGUCCCCUAUUAUAAGACAUUAUUAAGCUUCAUGCUUAUUACAAGUUAUGAAGGACUGCAGUCAGGUGUGUUUCCAGUUAGUAUAGUAAUGUUAGUUUAUGACAGUGAAAGGCAGGGUGAUUUGUGCCUGUACUGUAGGAGUCAGUCAGUAAUGUUAGUUUAUGACAGUGAAAGGCAGGGUGAUUGGUGCCUGUACUGUAGGAGUCAGUCAGUAAUGUUAGUUUAUGACAGUGAAAGGCAGGGUGAUUGGUGCCUGUACAGAUACUUUUGAAAAACUAGUCUUACCCUGGCGUGACGUUUUGAUAACCAUGUAAAUCUCUCUAGGACAAGGUGUCUUUUAUCAUUAUAUUCGGCUCUAUGUACUCUCAGAUUUGAAAAUGAUAAUUAGCAUCAAAGUAGACAUCAUGCAAGACUACAAAUCCCUGCAACCUCCUGCACAUCAUCUCUAGCUGACACCUUUGCUAACAGGUAUUGUGUCAAUGUAAAACUUGCACAAGACAGUUCACAGAAAUGUCAAUUGAAAGAAAUGUUGCCAAUUUAUUCAUUACAAAACUUUGCUAACAUUAGAUAGAUAAUCCAGAGAUUCUUACCUUUGCCUCGAUUUGUCCAGAUCAUCAUGGCAUUUGUAGUUCUUUAUGAUAGCCACAUUAGCAGCUAAUUAGCAUUUAAUUUUUGGUGGGUAAAUACGGGUGAAAAUAUUGAUAAAAGUCACCUUGUCCUAGAGAGAUUUACAUGGUUAUCAAAACAUCAUGCCAGGUUAAGCCUGCACGAAACACAGUUCUACAGCCACUCAAUGCUAGUUUCUAACAGUGUGAUGUCCUGACAGACAUCCCAGACCAGGGUUUGGCUCUUACUGUGUGUUGGCUCAGUCUUCUGGUCUCUCUCCGGUCGGUCGGAGCAUUAAUAUGCCGGGCCGUGCUGCGGCUGGGCAGGCUGGUUGGCUGUGUUGACAUGGUGACAGCCCUGGUCCUAAUUGUCCAGGAGUCUGUUUAAUAUGCCCUGAUCAGGGCUCUGCUGACAGAUACACACUGUGUGUGUGUUUGUGUGUGUGUGCACGUGCGCCUGCAUUCGUGCGUAUGUGAGUGCAUUUGGCAUACAAAUGCACGCGAACACACACACACAAACUCACAAAUACACACACACACACACACACACAGCUACACGGCUACAUCUAUACUCCUGUCCCAGGCCUUCUUGAGCUACCACUGUUAUACUCAGAGAGUGUGUGUGUGUGUGUGUGUGUGUGUGUGGUGUGUGUGUGUGUGUGUGUGUGUGUGUGUGUGUGUGUGUUUAAGCGUGAUUAUCUUGUGUAGUCAGUAGAUGAUUUAUGACUUCUAGGUGUGUGCGGGUGCUAGCCUUUGCAGACGUGUGAUAUUCUGCUGUAGUCUAUCAAUGUUUAUGGCUACAGGAAUGUCAUCUACCCACUAGUAUCUCCUAUAUGAGUAAUGUGGAUUACACAUCAAUUGAAACCUUCGUCCUAAGGGUGAUAUAAACUGUCAUAAUAAUGCCAUAACAGAAGUCAUAAACAAUCAUCCUUUGUGUGUGUGCGUAUGUACCUGUAUGUGUGUGUGUGUGUGUGUGUGUGUGUGUGUGUGUGUGUGUGUGUGUGUGUGUGUGUGUGUGUGUGUGUGUGUGUGUGUGUGUGUGUGUGUGUGUGUGUGUGUGUGUAGAGCCAUCACCCUGGACAACACGCUGGUCAUCCUGUCCAGUGUGGCCCCUGAUGCUGGACGGUACUACACCCAGGCUGUCAACGACAAGAACGGAGAGAACAAAACCAGCCAGCCUAUCAUACUGACUGUGGAGAGUAAGUAG